CAUUCGCCCUGUUCUCGCUCUAGGGCCACCCCAGGGAACGCAUGCAGCCGCGCGCGCGCCAGAGAUUAGGCUGCCAGGCGAGAGCAAGCGGAGAUUAAGCUAGAAAUAGCGGCGGCUCCUCCUGGGCGUGGAAAAAAGAAGCUGCGCUCCGCCGGAGCUUCCGCAGCAGCCUUAGCGCAUCUUCCUCUCGGCCAAUCCUCCUCUCCCUCCACCCGCCCUCACCCUCGCCAGCCUCCUUGCACCUGAGGGAGAGGCCAAGUGCGCUCUAGGCGCGCCUUCCCGCGCGCUGGAGCAAAGCGCCCGGUGCGAACUGGGGGGAAGAGGAGGAGGAGGAGGAGGAGGGCUUCUCGUCGCAGCUGCUGCCAGCCGGGCGGGGGCAAAAAAGGUUGCGGCGGUAGGAUCGGCGGCGGCGGCAGCGGCGGGGGCCUUCUCGCGACCCGAGAGCUAAGCAAAGGGAGAGGAAGAGAGACACGGCGGCGCGCGCCGGGAGGACGGGAGCGUGUUGACAGAAGUGGCAGCAGUCCUAGAAUUAGUUGAAGAUGUCAGGUCAGACGCUGACAGAUCGCAUCGCAGCUGCUCAGUACAGCGUUACAGGAUCAGCUGUAGCCAGAGCAGUCUGCAAAGCAACCACACAUGAAGUGAUGGGCCCCAAGAAGAAACACCUGGAUUAUCUAAUCCAGGCCACAAAUGAGACAAAUGUCAACAUUCCACAAAUGGCUGAUACCCUCUUUGAGAGAGCGACAAACACUAGUUGGGUUGUUGUCUUCAAAGCCUUAGUUACAACACAUCAUCUAAUGGUUCAUGGCAAUGAGAGAUUUAUUCAGUAUUUGGCAUCUAGAAACACACUAUUCAAUCUCAGCAAUUUUUUGGACAAAAGUGGAUCACAUGGAUACGAUAUGUCAACUUUUAUCAGGCGCUACAGUAGAUAUCUGAAUGAAAAAGCAUUUUCAUACAGACAAAUGGCAUUUGAUUUUGCAAGAGUAAAAAAGGGGGCUGAUGGUGUAAUGAGGACGAUGCCCCCGGAAAAACUAUUGAAGAGCAUGCCAAUAUUACAAGGACAAAUAGAUGCACUUCUUGAAUUUGAUGUUCAUCCAAAUGAACUGACAAAUGGGGUCAUAAAUGCUGCAUUUAUGCUUCUGUUCAAAGAUCUCAUCAAGCUUUUUGCUUGUUACAAUGAUGGAGUCAUUAAUUUAUUAGAGAAGUUUUUUGAAAUGAAGAAAGGACAGUGCAAAGAUGCCCUUGAAAUUUAUAAGCGGUUUCUUACUAGGAUGACGAGAGUAUCGGAAUUUCUUAAAGUUGCAGAGCAAGUUGGAAUUGACAAAGGCGAUAUUCCCGAUCUCACGCAAGCUCCCAGUAGUCUUAUGGAGACUCUUGAACAGCAUCUAAAUACUUUGGAAGGAAAGAAACCUGGGAACAAUGAUGGAUCUGGUGCUGGUUCUCCCUUGGGCAAGUCUUCUCCAGCCACAACGGUUACAUCUCCCAAUUCUACCCCAGCAAAAAGUAUUGAUACAUCUCCACCAGUUGAUCUUUUUGCAACAUCUUCAACGACGGCUCCAAUCAGUGCUUCCAAGCCCUCCAGUGAUCUUCUAGAUCUUCAACCAGACUUCACAUCUGGCACUGCACAAGCAGCUUCAGCAGCCCCCACUGGUGGAACAACUUCAUGGGGAGACAGUUUGGCUGGAUUUUCCAGUGUUACCUCUGAACCACAGAUUUCAGAUCCAUUUGCACCAGAACCCAUCCUAGCUCCUCCUGUUGCAACUGCUGACACAGCCACUACUUCUGCAACUACCACCGGUGCUGCUCCUGCGGCCGCGGCUGCUGAGGUGGAUCUCUUUGGAGAUGCCUUUGCAGCUUCUCCUGGUGACGCCCCUGCAGCACCUGAAGGGGCAGCAGCACCAGCUACCCCAACCCCCGUAGCAGCAGCUCUUGAUGCAUGCUCAGGAAAUGAUUUGUUUGACUCCACACCUGCUGAGGUUCCUGCGCCACCUAAGUCAGAUGCAGCUCCUGGCAUAGACCUAUUUGGGACAGAUACUUUUUCUUCUGCAACUACUGGAGCUUCUCCUGGGCCCGAGAAUUCUCUCACUGGUGAUCUCUUAUCAGUGGAUGCAUUUGCAGCACCAUCGUCCCUGCCCACUGCUUCCCCGGCUAAAGUGGACUCUUCAGGUGUGAUUGACCUGUUUUGUGAUCCUUUUGGAAGUGGCCCUUCAGAGCCCCAACCUGCAGUUUCAACUGCUUCUAGUGCUUCUGCUUCUGCUGACCUAUUAGCUGGUAAUGAAAUAUAAUUGUGGCAUUUUUUGAUAAAGGGCGUGCAUGUUUUUACUGCAUCUUUUCUGUACUGUGACAAAAAGAAUAGCCAAUGAACUAUAACUAAGGCUACUAUUCUUCCAAACUAUAAAUAUUCUGUAAAACCCAUCACUCCAGGAAGCUAUAUUAAUUUGACUUUACAUGAUCAUUUUAAAUACUAGUCACUGCUGCUUGCAGAAAAUAUCCUUAGUCAUAAUUAAGAUAUUGAAACGCUCAUGUGUUUCCCCUGUUUACCUAUGAAUUUAUAUGGUACCAUUCAAUGUAGACACACAUUGGUCUAUACUAUAAUCACUACUAAGUAAUGUUAUGUAAUUCGUAGCAAUCUAAUUCUUAUGGUAUACAACUGUGUUCUAGAUUUGAAAGAAGGCAAGCCAGGAAAGAAGGCACAAAUUGCUGCUAAAUGAGACCCUUUCAAUCCAGGGUGCAUGAACCAAUUAAAUUAUAUGACACGAUAUUUCAUAUGUUAGUUCAGAGUAGCUUUCUGUUUGUUUUCCUGAAUGUCUGGAGCUAGGGCCCUCAACAAGACAAGGAAUGGAAAUUCACUCAGACUUCAAAAGAAAUUCCAUUUCUAGCUCCAUAAAUUUGUCAUUGUUGUUACUGCUUUGAAUAUCCAACAAACACCCAGAAGAGAAGAUAUAAAAGAGAUACAAGUUUAUUAGAAAGCAUAUGUUCUGAUAAGCAGCUACAAAUUAAUUAACCUUUUAUUUUAUUUGAGAUACACAGUUCAGAAAAUAUGCUUGGUAAUUUUUUCCCCUUCAAUAUGGUCAAAACUUGAUACUGCAUGCUAAUGUGUAUAAUGUUUUCUGUUCUGUCAGCCCUAGGUACACCAAAUUAUAAAACUAAAGUCAUGCAUGCUAAUGUUGUUUUCAUUACAAGAGUGCAGAGUCUUAUAAGUCUGAAUUUGCUUCCCUUUUCCCUUUAUCUUUCUGAGAAGUAGGAAGAGUCUUGCCUGGAAUGUUUACUCAGAUUACAUUUCUAGCCUGACUCAGAUUUCUUUUAUCUCUGUGUUGUCUUGGUUGCAGCUCUUCCUCCUGUUCCUUGGGGUUAUUCCUUCUGCAAUUUAUAGCAGGAAGGAAAAGUAGUUCAUACAAAUUGAAAUAGCAGUUGUCAAAAUGGGUUGUUGGUCUAAUCUAUGCCAAAUCCGCCAACUGUUUACAACACGUAGGGGAAAAGAAUGACAUUAAUUGCUGAUCUAUUGUGUCUUCCUGAGAUUAAUUUUUAAAGAAUAAAUGUAAACAUGCAACCUUUCUCCUACACAGAUACAAAUCUUACUUUAAAAAAAAGCUAAUCUGCUUUUUAAAAUGUUGUUAAGGCAACAUUUUGUAAACUUCAGAGAAGGGGUAGAGGAUGAGUAAAAUGUAAUAAAUUCUUCCAUUUAUUUUUCUGAAAUUCUUAUUAACUCCAUCACAAUAUUCUCUGUUUUCCCCUUUUCAAUAAUCACUGUUCCUAUAUGUUUUUAAUUUGAUACUCAUUCAAUGUCUGUGUAUCACCAAGUUUUUAAGUACUCCUUUCAAACCUUUCAUUUGUGUUCAAUCUAUAUUUUUUCAGCAUCCAUUCUUGGCCCUAUCUCUUCUUGUUUUAGCACAUUUACUUCUAAGUAAACAAUUUCCAAUUAGUGUUUUCAUUUCUUUUGACAUUCCCAACUCUUAAAACAUUUGCAGAAGUGCACUUUUAUGAAUAGCCUUUUCACUUUUUUUGCUUCCAUUCAUUUGUAAAAUACGUGCUACCCACUACUUUUCUAUUGCUAAAAAUGUUUCCCAUUUUCUCAUGGUUAGAAAAUAUUUACUAAGAUACACAAUUCAUAUGUCUGCUUUAUGUUUUGCCACUUAUAUAUCAGUUGCAAUUAUUCAUUCCAUUUUGUCUAUCAAACACUGAUGCCUUCACAUUAGUACAUUAAUUUUCAGGUCCACGCUCCUUAUUGCAGGGUUCCCAACUCCUGGGACGUGGCCCGUUUAGAACCAGGCUGAGCGAGCCGCGAGCCCAUGACUUGCACAAGUGGCAGGCUGGUGCACACCUGCACAGCUGAAUUUGUGUGAGCAGUGGGCUGGUGUGCACCAAAGGUAGGUUGCUGUCAGUUUGACCCGGUUUGGCUGAACUGGUAGUAGUAGUCAGGCCUGGGUCGCAGAAUCGGCAUCGACCCAGUCCUGACAUGCCCCCGAACUGGUUCUCCGGUGUCUUCUGCCAUUACUGGCAUGACGUAUGCACAGAGCAAUUUUUAGUCAAAUGCGCAUGUGCAAGCAACGCUCCUGCAUGCAGCAAACCGGUACUAACCGAUUCAGGAACCCACCCCUAGUGUUCACCCAUGCAGCUCAACUUGCAUUAGCGGUGGGCAGAUACAUAUCUGCGCAGUUCGAUUUGCGUCAGCAGCAGGCCAGUGCUCAUUCGUGUGCAGCUCAACUAGCGCAAGUUGUGGGCCAGUUGCCUUUCCCGCCACUUGGCCGCCAAGCUGUAAAGGUUGGGGACCACAGCCUUAUUGUAUUAUACAAGUAUCUAAUGUUUGCUGUUAAUCAUUUAGGUUUGCAACAUAUUUGCUUACCAAACUACUGUACAUGACCCUGACAACACUAGACCAAUCACAGGCAUUCCUUAGAUUCUUAUAUACAUAUACAAUACAUUAUGUAACAAGGGGAACAUCACACAUCCAUGGCUUUACUCUCUAUUGAACAGUUCACUAACCUUUUCAUUCAUUUCUAUGCAUGCUAUACUUCUGUUGUACGUUGUUUAUUUUAGAAUCGACACUUUCACACAGAACAUGUUUUCUUUAAAUAAAACUUUCUCAUUGAUUUGUUUUUCAGUGAUCUGUAGAAGAGCAGAAUUCUGCAGGGCAAACUCCUUACCUGGCGUGAAUCCACAUUUAACCUCCCAACUGCUGCUCAUUGCCAAACUUUAUAUCUUUACAGGCAGAAUUUUGCUUAAAAAAAAACAACCCUCUAUACUUUUCUGCAUUCAUACUUGGUGCCUUUUAGUUUCACUGUGGGAACAACAAUAUUAAUGUCAUCAAGAAGAGGAAAGGAACUUUGUGUUUGUCAAAGCCAAUUAUAAUGUUUUUUCAGGCCUGUGGAUUAGUCCUUAGUUAUUAGGCUAAUAAUGAAUUUCUUUCUCUUUAAUUUUUUUA